AUGAAUACAGUUCAUUCACGGGCACGGAGCCUGUCAAGCAUCCAAUUGCUGGACAGUGGGACAUGGAUAUCGCAGAAGACGUCGUUAAGAGACACGAUGAAGGCAACAGUGGCACCAAUACAAGUAGAGUCAAGGUAUCUCUCCCCGGACAUUGUGAAGGGCUACCUAUCGCCACUUAGCGAGGACCAACGCAUGGGGGUACUCGAAAGCCGCCGAGCAGUGCAAGACAUUGUAGAUAAAUACAAGGAGCCUACUAGAUCUAAGGACUCAAAGAUGCGGCGCUUCUUCAGCGGAUUGAGACAGGACAAGGAGCAAUUACAGUCGGGCAAUUUACUGGUGGUGGUAAAUAUUCCCGCAGCGGUGCAGAAGUCCGAACUGUCGCUCGUAUCUAACUGGUUGCGGCUGGUCUCCACCAAAACCGACAGUCAAGAGAAAAGACGCUUCCUAGAUCGUAUAGAUAAUGAUAAGAUCCAGGAAGUGUACGCACGGACUAUUGAUAAGCCGCUGGACCGGCUGGAGUUUCUAUUAAACAUCGAGAUGCCAACACAGUUGGGGAACAUUGCGGAGACACGGGAUGUCCUGCGCGCCAUUUGCGAGCACACGGGUGUGUGUCUGGAUAUACUUGAUAAUACCCUCAUGAACUUUGUCUCGGACAUUCCAUCGCUCGUGGUGCUAGAUGCACGUAGUCCUGACAUUUCCUUGAAAGUGGCCAGCGGUUUGCCAUCGAACGUCGCGGUGCGCUGCAGAAACGCAAAUGAAAUAUUCUCUGCUAUCAAGAUACUUGAGCACAUUGCACAGCCCACACUCUACCCCACUGUCUCACAUGACGGUUUGCCGAUCUGCAUUCACACCACCGGCAACCCCGACACCUUUCUGGCACUAAAUUACACUCCUGAGGUGGAAGAUGAGGUGGUCCGGCUGGUAACCCGAGGCAUCAAAAUGCCCAAGAUAAUGCUAAAAAUCGCCAUUGAGGACUUAGCCCUGUUCUGUGACACAUGGCAGGACAGCAUUUUGCCUACUUUCGUUAUCGGCGUGGAAGUGGACUGUAGUUGCGUGCGGUUCGCCAGCUAUUUCAACAGCCAGGCUCAAGAGGAAUACCGAACUGAGCGGAAUGUGUUGGGCACUAUGUUCUCGCCAAUGGAACCCGAAGCCCCUCCUAGCAAACUCUCCUGGAUCAAGACUCUUUUCCGUUCCUCUAAGGAAAAACGUGGCGGCGCAGGAAACGAAGCUGCUGUGGACGAGCUAACGGCCGCAUCGAAGGAAAUCACAGACGGUAUCUCGAAAUUCUACUCGUUUCUGAACUAUUUGCAUACUGCGUUCAACGAACAGGUCAACUAA